AGGCAGCCAGGCCAGGAUAUUAAAAAAAAGGCUUGAACAAAUAGUACACCCAGGUGGAGGAGACAUUAAGACAUUAAGUGUUGAAUAUACUCAUCGAGCCCGCCGCGUCUCACAAUAGUGUGCAGUGUGUCCCUCCAGAGUCCUGGAACAUGUAGUGGCUGCUGUGCGGUGGCUAGGACACGAAGGAUCCGAAUCCACAAAAUGCACAUCCGCCUGCGGUCGGGACGACGCCUGCAUACGUACCUCAAGAUAGGCACCUUUGUGCUCGUUGGCGUCUGCUACUUUGCCUUCCUGUUCCGCGAAUCGCUCAACGCAUUCGAGCAUCGGGAACGGACCACAGCCGCCGAGUUGGAAGCGGCCGAGAAUGCAGCCGAUCCAUCCAAGCAGCAGCAACUCAAACUCAAGCGACAACAACUGCAACGGCAACGUGCCCUCUCCCAGCAACGUGCCAGCACCAGGAUUGGUAGUAGCAAUAACAGCAGCAGCAGCAGCAGCAGCUAUGUAGUCGCUGGAGGCGAACCAAAGGCCGUCCUGGCGGCGAGCACCCUGAAUCCCGUCUACGAGUACUCCGAGGAGCUGCACAGCCGCACCGAACGUGACCUGAAACUGCGUCGCGAACAUUUGGCAACGAUCUGCGAGCGAUAUAAGCUGCAGGAAAAGUACCCACCGAAUCCAUGGGAGUUCUUCAUCUCGCCCGGCCACAACAAUCUCGUCUGGUGCAAUGUCUUCAAGGCAGCCAGCAGCACCUGGAUGUAUUACUUCAAUAUACUGGCUGGCUACGAUCUGAAGUAUCUGCAGCGGACGGAGGUGCAGCCAUUGGAGUUGGCACGCCAGCGUUUCCCCCGUCCGGAGCUGGCCGAGUUGCUGGAACUGUUGCCGAGCGCGUUGUCCUUUCUGUUCGUGCGCGAUCCCUUCGAGCGCAUCCUGAGCGCCUAUCGCAACAAGCUGGAGGGCAAUCGGAAUAGCUUCUACAAGGCGCUGGGCACCAAGAUCGUGCAUCGCUUUCGGCAGCGCAGCGUCGGCGGCACCUGGCCGCGUUGCGGUCCCACCUUUGAGGAGUUUGUGCGCUUCCUCAUCCAGGAGCACGAGGCUGGCCGGCGAUUCGACGAGCACUGGGCACCCAUCUACAGUUUCUGUACGCCGUGCAGCGUCAACUUCAGCAUCAUUGGCAAAACGGAGACAUUUCAGCGCGACUCGGAGUUCAUCAUACGGCAGGCGGGGCUGGAGUCGCUGCUGCUGGGUAAGCUGCCCAGGCGCAAGCUGCGCAAGAUUGGCAACCAGGCGAGGAGUGGCGUCAAAUCCGAGGAGCUUGUGGAGCGCUAUUUUGCCGAACUGGAUCGCUCAACAUUGGACCAAUUGCUCAAGAUUUAUCGCAUCGAUUUCGAGCUGUUUGACUACGACUAUUUGAAAUAUUAUAGCAUGGUGCAUCCCUGGCACUUGGAGCAGAGCACAGCGUCAGCUGGUACAGGAACUGGGAUGUUGAUUGGGAUGGGAAUGGGGAUGGGGAUGGGGAUGGGGACGGGAGCUUCUGUCUCAACGUCUGCUUCCGCCUCUGCGUCCACAUCCUUGGGCACAGUUGCUGCUGGAGCGGAGUAA